UGCAGUGCAGUUGAAAAUACGUGCACACUGCACAAACUAUAAUUUAUUCUACCUGUUGCAUUACCAUUUGCGCUUGCGCCCAAAUGUUAAAAUUACCAUAUAAAUUAAUUAAAGAUCAGCUAAAAUUUCGUUUUUGUUAAAGUGCGGUGCAAGUGGUGCAUUUAAAUACAAUAUAGUUAGUAACAAAAGUGUCGCAGUGUCAGCAACGAUCGCAGCCGAAUUUGAAUGCAUAAACAGAAAACCCAGAAGGUGCACUAAAAGGAAAUCAAGAAAAUUAACGCAGCUAUUAUUGAUGUUAGCAAUAAAAAUGGAAAUAGACAAUGAUAGUUACAAAAUGAAGUGAGUGAACAUAUAGACACAAAAUGGCCAGCAAUGGGGCUGGUGGUGGAUGUGGAGCUGCUGCAGGCGGCGUUGGUGGCGGAGCCAUCAAUCAUACUCAUGCCGUUUGCGUCUGGGAAUUUGAAUCGCGCGGUGGCAAAUGGCUGCCCUAUUCGCCGGCUGUGUCGCAGCACUUGGAGCGUGCGCAUGCCAAGAAAUUGACGCGUGUAAUGCUUAGUGACGCCGAUCCUAGCUUGGAGCAAUACUAUGUGAAUGUGCGGACCAUGACCCAAGAGUCAGAUACCGAAUCAGAGGCUGGAGGUCUACUAACAAUCGGUGUACGGCGCAUGCUCUAUGCGCCCAGCAGCCCGGCGGGCAAGGGCACCAAAUGGGAGUGGUCUGGAGGCGGCAGUGCGGACAACAAUUGCGAUUGGCGGCCAUACAACAUGCAUGUGCAGUGCAUCAUUGAGGAUGCGUGGGCCCGCGGCGAGCAAACAUUGGAUCUGUGCAACACUAACAUCAGCCUGCCAUACACCAUUAACUUUUGCAAUCUAACGCAAAUGAGACAGCCAAGUGGACCGUUGCGCAGCAUACGACGCACACAGCAGGCGCCGUAUCCGCUGGUCAAGCUAACGCCACAGCAGGCGCUGCAACUGAAGGCCAACAACAAUGGCCACGACUAUGUACAGCAGCAGCAACAACAACAGCAACAGCAGCAGCAGCAGCAGCAAAGGAGCAAUAAUACACUGCCCAAAAUGGGUGCCAUGCUGCCGCCCAUGCAUCGACAGCAGCAUCCGUUGCCCACGCAUGGACAUCAUAAUCAGCAGCAACAUCAGCAUCAGCAACAUCAACACCAACACCAACACCAACAGCAUCAACAUCCACAGCAUCAGCAGCCACGCAAGCCGCACAAGAAACACAGCGAAAUAUCCACCACAAAUCUGCGCCAGAUACUCAACAACCUGAACAUCUUUGGCAGCAGCACCAAGCACAGCAGCAACAAUAGCAACAGCAACAGCGGCGGCGGCAGCAAUCAUCUAGCGACAGCAGUUGGCAGCUGCAAUUCGAAUGUGGCUGGCUCGACGCUGCAUUUGAUGCAGCAUCAGGCGCACUUCUCGCACAGCAGCAAGAGUAUGCUGACGUCCUCGAUGAAUAGUCAUCAUAGCCGCUGCUCAGAAAGCUCGUUGCAAUCGCAGCGCAGCAGCCGUUUGGGCUCGCAUCGAUCGCGUUCGCGUACGCGUGUCUCUGAUACCGAUACGAAUAGCGUUAAGUCGCAUCGGCGCAGGCCGAGCGUUGAUACCGUCUCCACGUAUCUCAGUCAUGAGAGCAAGGAGAGCCUACGGAGCCGUAAUUUUGCCAUAUCUGUGAACGAUCUGCUCGACUGUUCGCUGGGCAGCGAUGAGGUGUUUGUGCCUUCGUUGCCGCCUUCGUCAUUGGGUGAGCGCGCGCCGGUGCCGCCGCCAUUGCCCAUGCCACAUCAUCACCAUCAGCAGCAGCAGCAACAGCAGCAGCAGCAACAGCAACAGCAGCAACAGCAGCAGCAGCAGCAACAACAGCAACAACAGCAGCAACAGCAGCAGCAACAACAACAGCAGCAAUCAAUCGCUGGUUCGAUUGUGGGCGUGGACCCAGCCAGCGAUAUGAUAUCACGCUUCGUCAAGGUCGUUGAGCCGCCGUUAUGGCCAAACGCCCAACCCUGCCCCAUGUGCAUGGAGGAGCUGGUACACUCGGCACAAAAUCCUGCCAUAUCGCUGAGUCGCUGCCAGCAUUUGAUGCAUCUGCAGUGCCUCAAUGGCAUGAUCAUAGCGCAGCAGAAUGAACUAAAUAAGCAGAACCUGUUCAUCGAGUGUCCCGUGUGUGGCAUUGUCUACGGCGAGAAGGUGGGCAAUCAGCCCAUUGGCAGCAUGUCCUGGAGCAUUAUAAGCAAAAAUUUGCCUGGCCACGAGGGCCAGAAUACCAUACAGAUUGUCUACGACAUUGCUUCGGGCUUGCAAACCGCUGAGCAUCCGCAUCCGGGACGCGCUUUCUUUGCCGUUGGAUUUCCGCGCAUUUGCUAUUUGCCCGACUGUCCGCUGGGUCGCAAAGUGUUGCGUUUUCUCAAAAUCGCAUUCGAUCGUCGUUUGCUGUUCUCGAUUGGACGUUCGGUGACCACUGGGCGUGAGGAUGUGGUCAUUUGGAAUAGUGUCGAUCACAAGACACAGUUCAAUAUGUUCCCAGAUCCCACCUAUUUGCAGCGCACCAUGCAGCAGCUGGUGCAUCUGGGCGUUACGGAUUGAAUCUAGUUGCCAGCAACUACAACAACAACUACAACAAUAACUACAACAACAACAAAAGUACUCUCGCUUCCAUGUC